AUGUCCAUAGCACUGGGAGACCAAGUCAUUGUCUACAGCUCAAGGCAUGAAGUGAACUCGAUCACCGUAAAGGCAGGAGCGCAGCUUCACAGUCGGUAUGGCCAUUUCAAGCACGACGACAUGGUGGACAUCCUGUUCGGAUCCAAAGUGAGCGAUGCCGAAGAUACUCUACUUUUUGUUUGGGUCGGGCUGUGCUAUAUCGCGUCCGUUGAUCCGCACGUAGACAAAUGAUCUGACUCAUCCGACCGCUCGCCCAUCCUCAAACUAACUCACGUCCCCGUCUUCGCCGUCCAGUUUGCCUCCGCCAACGGUCGCGGAUUCGUUCAUCUUCUCCGCCCAACGCCUGAACUCUGGUAAGUGAAGGGUGUCCAGUCCAUCCGGCGACUUUUAGAGGGGGGCUACGGCCGCGUAUCUCCCAAUUCCAAGUCUCUAACGAGCAGUGCCGUCUCGCAGGACUCUGGCUCUUCCUCAUCGGACCCAGAUCUUGUAUCUUCCCGACAUCGCCUUCAUCACCUCUUUCCUUGAUAUCAAGGCUGGUAGCAUAGUGAUUGAAGCAGGCAAGUGCACGCGGUGCACAUCAUCACUGUAUCGCCCACCCCUUUCCUUGGGUGUGCGUGCAAGUUGGCGCUGACCUGCUGCUAUUUGUCCUAGGCACCGGUAGUGGAUCCUUUUCUCACUCUCUCGCCCGCACAGUCGGCGAGCAAGGCCGGGUCCACUCGUUCGAAUACCACGAGGAACGCUUCGAAAAAGCUUUGUACGUCUGUGUUGUCUCUGUCCUUCGCUGCUCCUUCGGAUUAGCUAAUGAGCUUCGAGUAUGGUGGAUCAAUCGUCUGCAGAGCCGAAUUCCGCGAUCAUGGACUCGGAUCCAUCAUCGCUCUCAAGCACUCGAAUGUCUACAAAGAUGGAUUCGCUCUCGAAAAUCAAGUCGACGCAGGCAAGUGAUCUUGACCUGAUCGGAGCCACAGCCGCUUCACGGGCUGGAGCACUUACAGAUUACUGAUUCGUCGUGGCCCCGUCUGGCACCCAGUCUUUUUGGACCUGCCAGCACCAUGGGAAGCUCUAGGACACGCCAAGAAGGCCCUCAAAGUAAGACGGAAGGUCGAUCCAUGCAUUGAAAUGUAACCUUAUUGACAUUUUCUUAUUUGAUCCGACCCCCCAUCGCAGAAAACUCGGCAGUCUCGAAUCUGCUGUUUUAGCCCUUGUAUCGAGCAAGUAUUAAAAACUGUCACAGCGCUUUCGGAGCACGGGUUCUCUGGUAUGUGCGAUCGGCAAACGAGUUUUCGAGUGCAUUUUUCGUUCUAACCUGCUGAAGCGCUCGUAUCAUGUCUGCAUGCUCCAAUGCCAGAUAUUACCAUGUAUGAGACUUUGACGCGGACCCACGAGCCCGCCGUAUCUCUUGUGCCAAACGUCUCCGAAGCGAUAAAGCGGAUCCAAGACGUAGAGAUAAAGAAGGAACAUCGUCGGACGAUGCAAAUAUCCGAUGCUCUCAAGAGGAAAGCCGCGAAGCGGAAGGCAGACGAACUCGACUGCGAGCCCGACAGAGACGUGCCAGCUGGACGAAAUCACGAUCAUACUGAUUCUACUCGAACCGGAAUGGCCCCAUCAAUCGGGUUGGCGCCGCAGGGCGAUCAAUCAGAUUAUGCAUCUGAUACUGUACCGAAACACGGCGUCGAACCCACCAGCGAAUCCGUCGCAGAGGGCGCACAUGCAUCUGAUACCGUACCUAAACCGUCUCGGAUCUACGUCGCCGAUAAUUCCAAGAAACCUGCUCAACGCGGCAAUAGGGAAUACGCUUUCAAACCAAGCGCUCUGACACGGGGGCAUACGAGCUACUUGACAUUUGCUACGCUGAUGCCGGAAGUCGUGCCCGCUCCGUCGGUGCAUAGCUCGGCCUGA